CACUUUCGACCAUUGCGAGGGAUCAGUAGAGUGUACGAACUAAAUUAAUUGGAACAAUCGAGCCAUGCAGAAAAGCGAAGAUUCUCCUUAGUCGAGUAAAAUCAGGCGACAGCAAGAGCAACAACUUCGAAACAACUUGCGUGAGACGGUAACACAAUCCCAAUUGCACUAAUAAGGACUUUUAAAGGGCAUGAUUUACGUAAGGUUUAGUUUGAUUUCAACAAGCUUUCGCUUUCAAUUUACAACAUGGCGGAAGCUCCAAGAAGUCGGCUGCCUUCGGGUUACGACGAGAACUCUGUGAGUGCAGAUGAAGAUGAGAAUCUCUGUUUAAUAUGUCAUUUAUUGCUUAAGGAGCCUGUUUUGACUAGUUGCGGUCACGGGUUUUGUAAAGAAUGCCCCGAGGAACAUUCUAGAAGGCAGGGAGCUCAAGACCAACCUUUAACUUGUCCUGCCGACAGAGAGGGUCUGAACCGAGACCGGGAUGUCUUCCCUGACAAAGCAACAGAAAGGAACAUUCUUUCUUUUGCCAUCAAAUGUCCCAGUAAAGGUUGCGACUGGACUGGAGAACUAAGAAGUAAAGAGGUUCACCUGGCACCUUGUCUUUUCAAAUUCGUCUCCUGUACCAACGAAAACUGUCGUGUGACUUUGCAAAGAAGAGAUCUCGAGGAACACGUAACCACCAUGUGCCAGUGGAGGAUCCUUGAAUGUGAUCACUGGCAGUGAGCCACACCCAGAGUGUAAGAUGCAGAUCACAUUGGACAGUGCAGCAAGUUCCCAGUAUCUUGUCCUAACAGUUGUGGGGCUUUGAUUCCAAGGGAAAUGGUAACACGUUCAAUUUGGCCUUUUUGACUGACGUCCUCGUGUUAAUCGAGCUUAGUUGUCAAAGUUUUAGGCCUGCAAAGUGAAGUUUUAGUUGAAACAGUCCCAAUUUGUAAUUCACUCGAUGACGCCAGUGCCGGCCAGAAUUGUGUACAACUGUAUGCGGAAUAAAGAAAAAUGUUGUCUACUAUUUAUCAGGUAACCCGCGCCUGCUAGUGCAGUCGCUGCGAAAUUUCUAGGGGACAUUUGUACGACGUUGCUAACCUGUUAGGGAGCUUAAGCAAUGACGACCACGAUACGUCACCAAGAUUGAUCGCGGCGCAUAGUAAAAGUGGGGUUUUAUAGUAUGUGUAAUACAGCGAGCAGUCCCAGUCGAUUCUGUGGUUUGUCAGGUGAUAUUGUUCAGCAAUGUGACAUAUUGUUGAUAUUAGAGAUUUAAUACGAUCAUUUCUAUAAAACGAACAUGACGAAGAGACUAUGUUUUAAGCAGGGUUUGAUUUUUAAGCGAUGACGUCAGAAAUUGUGAUCGGUUUAUGCUGGCACACGAUAUUCCUUUGAAUGGGCACCGCAUAUUUGCGCUUAUGUAGCGCACGAUUCACCCCCCUGUGGAAGGGCAAUACACUCCGAGAGGUAGUAAAUAAGCACUGUGUGAGCAUUAUAUGAGCACUGAGACAUCUGAACUAAACUUAUGUGAGUGGGACACGCGAUAGGUCAAGGGUUUACAUUAAAUUUACGUAUUGGUGAGCGUUGUUUAGGGCUGAACUAAACAUAUCUGUGGGCUGAAAUAGUGGUGAAAUUGAACUAGAAUUGAAGAGGGCAUUGAAGAAGUUCGCAGUGAAAGCAGCUGAGAUAGCGGAAGGCAAUGGAAAAUAGUGUUACGAAAAGGUGAGCUAGCUGAAGUUUUUGUCUUUAUCAGAACUGGUUAAUGUAGCUUAGAUUAUAGUCUCUUUAAUGCAAUAGAGAGUGGCAGUUGGGUUACACAACAUUUACAUGAAAGCCAAAGAAUACUCGAGUCGUGUAAGAGGGAAGUUCUGGUUCAUGCUAUUGUUUACAUUUUACCUGGAGGCAAUGUAAUGUAUCUUUCAACUUAAAAAAAUGUAAUUCGAUGAAGAACUAAUCCUUUUGCUGUAAUGAAAACAGCUUAUAACUGUCACGCAUGAUAAGAGCACAAAUUAGGUUUGGUUUGUGAAAAACAACUAGAAGAGUCUAGAAGACGUGAUUUAACUUCAGGAUUUUUAGCUGAAAAACAUUCACAACGGAAGACAGGUUAUUUUUGUAAUAAAACAGAAGGUUUACAGUAGUGAUAAUGAAUUCAAGUUACAAUUUAUUUGCAGGUUUUAGUUUUUUGUAAAGUUUUACAAAUGUGGUAUUUUACAUUUUCUCUUAACAGAAGAGUGAUUGUGAUUAAACAAUAGAUAAUGGUUUUGUCAGUGGUAGAUCAAUGGAAGGCUCAUUAAAAACAGGUAUAAGGUUAAAACAACAAAUUAAUUUCCGGUCAGGUAAUUAGCGUUGCCAAAUGUCUGUAUUUCAAGAUAUGGUGUUGCUUUCAGAGAGAAACAAUGAAAUACGAUUUGUUGUUUUCAAGUUUAUCAUUUGCGGCUGUCUUUUGCAGUUUGUAGGAUCCGCGGAGUGUCUUUAAUUUCAGCGUUUAAAGGAAGAUUUUUAUUGUGGAUUGUGCUUUAUGCAAUAUCCGAUAAUUUUGCGCUCACCGGCAAACUGAUAUUACGAACCCAUCGUCUAUACAUAAAACUUUAGAUCUACAAGCAAGUUGCACACGCGAUAGGUCAAGGGUCAACAUUAAAUUUACGUAUUGGUGAGCACUGUUUAGCCCGGACUUUUUGCUGUCUUGAGAUGAAUUCAAUUAAAUGAGCACUGUCACAGCAGUGUAUGAGCACUGAAAUAUCUGACCUUAUCUGUGAAACGUGAAAUAAACUGUAUUGGUGAAAGUCUGGAUCCGCCACUGGAUUUCUCUUGGGGACAUCUAUCACAAUAUUCUUUUACAUUGUUAUAUUGCAUAAAAAUUUGUAAGCAUCACUGCCGGUCAUUUCGAAAAGUAAACAAAAGGGAGAAAGGUGAAUUGCAUUAUUCAGUUCAAAGAGGAACAAUUGAAGAAAGGGAACAAGUAAGCUUGCGAUGCGAGC